UGACUGAGAAGAAAAGGAUAGAAAAUAUUUAAUUUGGAAAAUAAAGUUUAAUUUAAGAUAUUAAUAUUUCAGCGAAAUAUCGGUGCGCAAUACAACGCAUUACAUGGAGUGUCAAUUCAUUUUGUUGUCAGUGUUCCAUCAAAAACAUUCUUAAAAUUUUAAAAAAUUGCUUAAAAUAUUAAACUAUCAUCGUAAAGAGGAACACAACCUAUAUUUGGAAACCGAAAGUCGCAUCUGUCAAUCAAAUUGAAGUCUCGCACAUGUCAAUAAGUGACGUCACAAAUAGUAAUGGAGGAUAUUGGAGACACCCGAGUUGGCUAAUUGUUGUAUUUUUUUAUUCCCUUUCCCAGCAAGAACCAUUCCAGAAUGAGUUCCGACGGCGUGGAGCACCUGUCCUCUGUCCACAAUAAUCCGUUUAUCCGUCAGUUUGGAUUGCCACAACACAAUGCAGGACGCCAAGAAAUAGGUGACUCAGAGCCCUCAAUUCCAAGUUCUGCCAGUAGCGACAGAGGUGACGAUGAUACUGAACAGGAGUACCAUGUCAAUUCAGGAUUUGUUAACAAACUACGCUCAAAGUUUGCUCAGUUGGAGAAUAAAAGUACCAGAGUAACACUUUCAAGAAAAUCAGCUAGUGUUGAAAAUCUUUUGAGCAUUUCAAGUAACAGCUCUAAAGAAAUUGCUAGUAAAAGUCGUACUUGGCAGAAAGAUGAUUCAUCAGUUUCAGGUAGCGCUGCUAAAGUUGAUCUGCGGAAACCAGCAGGCUACAAACCGCAAAUAAGAAGCCGGCCAAGAAGUUUUGACCUGGAAAAUCAGACUCAGUAA